ACGUCCGAGUACCGGCCGCCGCCCGUCAUCAGUAGUCGCCGUACCGCGCAGCCACGUAACCUCUCACCUUCUCCUUAGUUUUUAGUAGUCGGUAGUGUGAGGAGAGUGCGGAGAGAGAAAGGGAGCGAGAGAGAAGGAGAAAGUAAUCGGCGAAGGCAGACAAGGGAAGAGAGUAAUAUACCGGAGUCAAAGAGAGCGAGCGAGAGGUCGACAGCCUUUUUCCCUCGUGUACUCUAUUAGUCGUCAUCGUCAUCGUCCUCAUACUCGUCCUCCUCGUCGUUGUCGUCGUCAUCCUUACCGUCGUCGUCGUUGUCGUCGUCGUUGUCAUCGUCGUUAUCCGGCGCGGCAAGCGCGGGUAUCCUGGCCUUCAACCCGUUCUCGCGCACCUCCUUCGGCCGUCAAUAACGUGCUCUCGUCGUAGUGCCGCGGGAUUAUCAGCGAACACACUACCCUCUGUGAUCAAAAAGGUGCAGAGAGAGAAAGAGGAAGAGAAAGAGAGAGAGAGAGAAAGAGAUAGUUGCAAGAGAAAGCUCCGAAACGCAAACGGAGAGUAACCGGCACUCCGAAGGAGUUUCUGGAGUGCAGUCUCGUGCGCCGCGUCGUGACAGCACCCCCUCGUGUGUCACGACCAUCCACAGUAAAACAACGCUCGCCGCUGCAGUCGGCGAGAGGAACACCGUCCGCGACAGCAUCAUCGCACUUACACACCUGCAGCGAGUCGACACCACCACUGUACUCUGAACGGGUUAACGCGACUCGCCGACUCACUUCCACCCCACGAGCACGCGAGAGAUUCGCGACGACGACGACAACGAGUAAUUGUGCGCCGCGCGUUGUUAUGGAGUCCCAGAAUCAGGAGAUCGUAGCGAGCGGUUCGCCUGGCGAGGUGCCGAACGAUCCAGGGAAAAUGUUCAUCGGCGGCCUGUCUUGGCAGACCAGUCCAGAGAGCCUCAGAGAAUAUUUCACCAAGUAUGGAGACAUCACAGAGGUCAUGGUCAUGAAAGAUCCCACAACGCGACGAUCAAGGGGUUUCGGCUUCAUCACAUUCGCAGACCCUGCGAGCGUAGACAAAGUGCUGGCACAGGGCAAUCACGAAUUGGACGGCAAGAAAAUCGACCCAAAGGUAGCAUUUCCUAGGAGAACACAUCCAAAGAUGGUGACGAGGACAAAGAAGAUAUUCGUCGGGGGAUUAUCGGCGCCGACGACGCUGGAGGACGUCAAAAAUUACUUCGAGCAAUUCGGUCCGAUCGAGGAUGCCAUGCUGAUGUUCGACAAGCAAACCAAUAGGCAUAGAGGCUUUGGAUUUGUCACAUUUCAAAGCGAGGAUGUCGUCGACAAAGUCUGCGAGAUCCACUUCCACGAAAUAAACAACAAAAUGGUCGAGUGCAAGAAGGCACAACCGAAGGAAGUGAUGCUCCCAGCGAAUCUGGCGAAGACGCGAGCGGCCAGCAGAGGCGCAUACGAUUUUAUGUGGUCCUUGGGAGCAUUACCUGAUGGUUUCCCAGCGGCAGCGUACGCGGCAUACGCGGCGGGCCGCGGCUAUUCUGGGUACCCUAGUUUCGGAUUACCCUACCCGACAGGAAUGCCGGCGGUGUACUACCACGGAACCGGAAGCGAGAACGCAGGCCGUACGUAUACGGAGACGCCGAUACAACAUGUCCAACGCAAUGCACUCCGGAAGAAAUUGGAUCUAACCAAUGGCCAGCUCACCCCAAACAACAACACGCCCUUACUUACACAAGCACUUUCUGUGAUGAACAACUACCAGGCGGCCGCAGCGCAGGCCGGGUUCCCGCCGGCGUCGCCGCACGCGGCCGGCGGUCACGGUGGGCCGCAGGGUCGAUCUUUCCCGGCGGCCAAUUCACCGGGCCCGAUUGACAUGUACAGCUCGAGCGCCGCCGCCGCAGCAGCAGCCGCAGCCGCGGAUUCCGCAGUCGCAAGCUACGUCCAGGCCGCAGCUAGCCCGCAGCCCCCCACGACCGCGUUCCCCGCGAUCGCCGUAUCCCGUGCCCCGCUCAACUACAGUCCCGGUCCCUUAAUACCAGCGGCGUUCACUAAUGGCUACCAUUGAGCCUUGUUAAGACCUAAUAACAGGAUGGACGAGACGGCAGAACGCAGCACGGUCGCUUGAUAUAAUGAACGAUUUGAGGCAGCUAAACGCAACGGAUGAUGAUCUCUGGAUGAAAUAGGAAGAAGUACCACAAGCACGUCCUCCGCGCCCAAAUAAAUAAUCACAAGUUGCAAUACGCAAAAAAUACUAUUGAACAAAGAUCGACGAUCAAGUAAGAUCCAUUUUUUGAUCGACAAAGGUCCAGGUUGUAAAACACAACCGGACGUAUUAUUAUACAUGUGAAUAUAUAUAACAACGCAUUAAGAAAAAAAGAAUUUAGAAUAUUAGUCGAAUCCAGGGAAGUGGAUGCAACUGUAGAUAGAGAAAGGAAAAAAAUAAAUAUUGUUGAAGUUAAAGAAGAAAACUGACGUAACAGGAAAGACGUCCAGAGAAGACCAGAAAGAGAGAAAGAAAGACAGAGAGAAAGAGAGAGAGAGAGAGAGAGAGAGAGAGAGAGAAAGAGAAAGAGAGAGGGGAAAGAGAGACGAGAAGACAGGAAGACAGAGUGUGUUUAAAUGGAAAUAAGAAGAUACACCGUGUGCUGCAACAAGGCUAACACUGUGGUCGAAAUUGUCCACAGCUGACGCCAGCCCGUUCUCCGACAUUAAUAAAAAAAAAAAAAAAGAA